GGGUCGCCGCUCUAGGUCUCCUGGCGCCACGCGCGUGUCCUCGGCCGAACUCGGGCUGGCUCGCGAGUCUCGCGACUUUCUUGUCGUGCGGUGUGAGGUGGUGGGCGACAGUAUCCGCGAUAAGCAAGCGAGACAGGCUUCCUCCGCCGACCGGUCGCGGCCCCGAUCGUCAGCAGAUGACUCGCCCGAGGUAGUGGUGAUGUGCGCGGGCGCCCACCGUCAUCAGGGGUUAGCGCAGCGGGAGGGUUGACCGACGUCGCGAUCCCGUGGGAGAAAGAAGGGGGAGAGAAAUAUCGAAAGAGAGAGAAGGAGAGAGAGAGAGAGAGAGAGAGAAAUUGCAGGAGUGAGUGUGUGAGUGUGCACCGACGUGAACCUUGCCCUUCUCGCGGGUGGCGGUCUCGGUGUGUGUGCGGUGGCGAGUUUCGUGGCGGUUUAAAAUCCCCUCGCGAUCGGAAGAAGGAUCCCGCCGUCGUCCGUCGUGGUCGUCGUCUGUCGUCGUCGUUUUUCCACGUCCACGGGAGUAAACGCGGAGGCGUUUUCAUGGCGCGGGUCGACGCGACGGGAGCCGCGCGCGCCUCACCGAAAUCCGAGCAGCAGAGAGCAGCGGCGGCACGAGCGACGUGAGAAGAGGGUACAUCGCGCGCGCCUGGGGAGCCACGGCGCCCGGGAUCGCAUACACGCGCAGGAGGCAUCGGCCGAGGGAAAAACACAGCGGUAGCGGCAGCGGCGGUGGUCGACGGUAGCGGCGCGUACGCACACACGCAGCCGAGUGCGUCACCGCCCAUAUGUGAUGUGUCCCGCGCGUGCGACCGAAUGAGUAAUCAUGUAUUGUCAGGACAAGGGUUCGACCGCCUCCAAGAGCAAAGAGGGGCCUGUGACAAUGCGGGAGAAGAAGGGCGGCGCUCUCAGCCGAGUACAAAAGUUAAAAAAACGCCUGAGUCAUAGCUUUGGACGGCUUUCUAUAUCAAAAGAAGAGGCUGAUGAUGCAACAACCAGAGGUCAAUUGCCAUAUAAUGGGUAUUCUGAGGAGUUCCUAGACCGCUUGGAGCCAAAUGGCAACAUACCUGCGGACAAAGAUCGUCGUUAUGAAUGUUUCGGAAAUUGGACUGUCACAGAAUGGACAGGUGUGGGCGACCACGAGAGAGUGCAUCGACAGCUUUCGGUUUCUAGCGAUUCGAAGCUUCUAGAUGAAGAUAUACGAGAGGAAGCUAGAGUAAUUCUGCGGCCCCGACGUCCACCGCGGCCCAAAUCUGAAGUUUUCCUUGGUCCGGACCCCCCUAGAAGAACUAAAAGAUUCUCCGCUUUUGGGGGAGAUUCGCCAUUCGGUAAAUCCGAAGCUUAUAUAAAACUGGAGCAGUUGGGUGAGGGAUCAUAUGCCACAGUGUUCAAAGGCUACAGCCAUCUUACUAAUCAAGUAGUGGCUCUUAAAGAAAUUAGACUGCAAGAAGAGGAGGGAGCUCCGUUUACUGCCAUUCGCGAGGCAAGUCUCCUCAAAGAGUUAAAACAUAGCAAUAUCGUGACUUUGCACGAUAUCAUUCAUACCCGCGAGACGCUCACCUUCGUGUUUGAAUACGUUCACACUGAUCUAUCGCAAUACAUGGAGAGGUACGGAAGCGGGAACGGAGGAUUGGAUCCGCGUAACGUUAAAUUGUUUCUUUUUCAACUGUUGCGAGGACUAGCAUACUGUCAUCGCAGGAGAGUUCUGCACAGGGAUGUAAAACCACAGAAUUUACUAAUCAGCGAAAUAGGAGAACUUAAACUGGCAGACUUUGGACUAGCAAGGGCCAAAUCCGUGCCAUCGCAUACAUACUCACACGAAGUCGUGACCUUAUGGUAUAGGCCGCCCGAUGUUCUCUUAGGUUCCACAGAGUAUUCCACCUCGCUCGACAUGUGGGGAGUGGGCUGCAUAUUUGUGGAAAUGUUAACUGGCGAACCGACAUUCCCAGGUGUACGCUGCACGUACGACCAACUCGAUAAGAUAUUUAAAGUGCUGGGCACACCCAACGAGGAUACUUGGCCGGGUGUCACGCAUCUGCCCGGAUACAAGGCGCAUAGACUGAUAUUUUAUCCACCGCGGAAACUGGGACUCUCGUUUCCCCGGCUUUACGAUAUCGCCGAGGGCGAUAGUAUGGCGUCGUCGCUCCUGCAGUUGAAUCCGGAUCAACGGAUAGGAGCGGAGGAAGCGUUACGACAUCCCUAUUUCGCUUCUCUUCCUAGGAAACUAUAUGAAUUACCUGAUGAAGUGUCGAUAUUCAGCGUAGAAGGUUGUCACUUGUAUACAAACUCGAGGCACGGGUGCGCGGAUUCGCGUCACACGGCUCUUAAGACUUGAGGUUAAAGCAAACGUUAAAAGAGUAAAUUAUAAGUAAAUUCGCAAUUUACACGUUUAGUGAAACAUUCAUUCUCAUGAGUUUCAUACAUGUGAAUAUACAUGAACAAAUCCUGUUAAAAAAAAUUUGAUAGAAAACGGUAGGAACCGAUACAUUUCCCCAAAAUCUUAUUGUUUCCUAUCAUUAUUUUAUAAAAGCAGAUUUAAUUGUACGAAUUCUUAUAUUAAUCUUUUCGUAUCUCUAGGACGUGUAUGUCCCACUUGCGAACAUCCUAACUUUUAAACAAAGUCCUAUCAACUUAUACUUUUGCUUGUUUUAAAGAGGAAGAUUCAAGCUAUACCGUCGCAUACUUUGAAAUGUUAUAUCUUCAAUAAAAUAUAAUAAACUGCGAAAAAUCAAACUUUUAGAUAGUGAAGAAUACCUAAGAAUAAUAUAUUAUGUCAAAAAUUGAUGCUAAUUAUAUAUGUAAAGUCUUAUUUAAUUGUGAAAGAAAUGCAAAAGAUUAAAACUUUAUUAUAUAAUGAGUAUUAUAUAAUAAGUAAUAGUGUUUAUAUGUAUUAUCAAAGUGUGCGCAACUUACAAUUUGUCUUUUAAACUUUUAAGAUACUUUUAUCGUUUUAAAUAUAUUUUAGAUUUAAGUUUAAUUUUUUGCCUUUGGUCUGUAAUUAGUUAUUAGAAAAAGACCUUAAUUCGCGGUCAUAUUUUAAAUAUAUCGAUAUUUAAGCAUUUCAUGACCGUCAUCUUGAAUUUCAAUUUUGAUAAUUGAUUUGGAAUUAGCGUCUCUAAAAACCGAUAAAACCCAUUUGGCAUAUAAAACGCAUCUCUUUUGAGAAAAGAGAAAGAGAAAAGAGAAAACAGAAAACCGGAGGUACGAAAGGAUUAACUUAUCAUUAUUUAUCGUUUUCAAUGAUUAAAAUUUUAUUAAUUGUAUAUUUACGCUGUCAAUUCCCAAUUUAUAACUACAAAUAAAUACAAUUAAACGCUUCUUAAAAGCGCUUUCUAUCCAUUUUUUUUAACAGGAAACAACACAAUAGAUACACACAGACAUACAAGCGCACAUGCACUACUCCCAGAUGCGUUGUUCGCUCUCUCUCAGGGCUGUUCCAUGAUUUCUGCCACUGUUCUUUUCUCACACACAAUAUGCAAUAAUAAUAUUCUUUUUUCCUUUUUUUCGAGAAUAUCGAAUAAAUUAAUUAUUAAUAAAGAUAAAAUCGUAAUUCUCUGGUCAAGGAAACAAGAAAGUAAAGCUUAUGGCUACAAGUAAAAAAAAAAAGAUUAUAAGAACUUGCGCACGCUCGAUUUAGGAAGCAAAAGCACGCACGACCCAUCCUCGCACUUCGUCCAAAUACUAGAUUUAGAUCGAUUACCAAUCAAAAAAGAAAAAAAGAAAGAUACCAUACCGCCGCCCUACGUCUCCCCGAUCCCAGCCCAAGCCAAGUAGGGCGGGCGGUCGCUGGUUAGCAAAACUAUUUACGAAAUAAUUAUUACUUAUCUUAGAAAAAUUGUGGAAGACCUGUAGCACUUUAUAUAAACGAAACUUUACUGCUGUUUCGAAUACCGAUGUUGGUCGCUAGGACAGUUGAAAAUAUUGAUAGUUAAAAUAGGGAACCGUUGUACGCGAGUUAAAUUUAUUUGUUAGACGCGUGUGAUGAUAGUGUGUAAGGUAUAAAAUUUUAAGGAGAAAAGAGGGAUGGGAACACAUAGCGCGUCAGUAUUAAUCAAGUGCCAUAGUAGCCAACAUCGCGAGACGCAGCGGGAAAAACUAAUUGAACGCUCAUCGUUAAUAAUACCCGAUUGUAGUGAUUUAGAUGUAAGUGAUUAGCAUUAGAUCGUAUUUAAUAACAAUCGAAGUUUAUCGACAAUGUCGCAAAUGUAGCGUAAAUGAUAGCAAAUCGAGACAGAAAGUGAGAGAAAGAGAUAUAAGGUAGCGAUUUUAGACUUGUCGAAAUUUCGUUUUUGUUCAAUUUGCUUUUAAUUAAUUAUUGACAUUAGCCAAAUAUGGUGCUCGAGCUGUAAACUGUGACAUGUUCAAUCGACCUCGUACUCGUGAUAUAAUUAUUUAAAACGAGUAUCCGUUCGAUUUUCUAAGAACUACCGGAUAUAAAACUAGCGUUGGCAAUAGUAGAAGUAGGGAAAAUGUAAAGAAGUAAAAGAAACGGCGUUACAGUUCUUCCAAAUUUUGUCUAAGCUAUAAUUGACGAUUAUUGCGGUAAUACUACUCCUUCGUAGGGUUACAUUUAUACCGAUUUUUCAGCACACUUAUUAAAAAAAGAAAAAUAUAUCAACGAGGUGAAAGUAAAAAAAGAAAGGAGAGGGAGUUUCCGAAAAGAUUUGAAAGACGCUAUUUGCUAUUACUACCGAUUAUUGCGUUUACUUCGGUAGAUUGUACAUAGAAUUACCAGAUUCGUAUUAUCGAUGAUGGCUGAGAUAGCUAAAUCGAGAUAAUAAAUGUGACUUUGUAAUAAAUUCAAAUGUAUGGUACUCUGGAUACCCGUUCAUCCUUAACCCGGCAGUGGUACGGCAGAACUAGGCGAAUUAUCCUGCAAAAACGGACAACUGCAGUCCUCAUAUGCAAUCCAAAAUUAUAUACACGAGCUAUGAUCACUUUCCGGGAAUACACGUUUAAAUUCUUUUUGAACUAAAACGCCAAUUACUGUUAAAAAAAAGUUACAAUUCAUCCUAUAUACACUUUAUUUUUACACCUUAUAAAAAAGUAUCAGUAAGCUAUGAUAAAUCUUGCAACGAAAAAAAAUGCGUAUUAAAAAUUCGUAAUAUUUUAUUUUUGUACUCGUACUGUACUGAAACGUGUGCAAAAAAAUAUCUUUCAUUAAUAUUUAAAGAAUUUUCAUUUCUCUGUUUAAUUUCUAAGAACAUUUUGUUUGUUGUAAAUAGAUUAAUUGCAGUUCCGGUAUAUUCCUCAUUAUUUUUAUGUUAUUGCCAUUAUCAUUCGAAAUAUUAUUUUUUAUCAAAGUUAAAAAUACGUAAUGUAAAAUUAAGUUUAGACGCUUAGAUUCUUUGUUUCUUAUCCUGCCAUUUUCGUGAAAAAUCAGCAUUUAUAGAAUGAAUUAAGUAAGUUGAUAUUCUCUCUGUAAUCAUAAGUAUAACUUUUUAUGUUUAUUUCGAAAUUCUGAAAUAUAUAUAUAUAUAUAUACCGAUUUUUUUAAGCGGUGCUAAUACUUUUUACUCUAAUGUGAAAUUUGUAAACAAACUUAUCCCAUCCUAUGGAUGGUAACUUCGAAUUUUGUUUCUAGAAAGAAAUAUUCAAACGUUUAUUGUGUACAUAUUAACGUGUGUAAACAUAAAUCCCGUUUACAUCGAUCUCAAUAAAUGUAAAAAGAUUAGAAGAAGAAGAAAAAUUGAAGUGUUACAACUUUUUUUAUAUACAAAAACAUUUUUUAUCACUCACGUAUAAAUUUCCAAAGUGCAAUUUAAAAUAUUCAAAUAUUUUGUCAACUGGAUUUUUAUUUCUAGUCCUAUUUAAAUAUGUAUUUAUUAUUUUAUUUAUUAAAUAUGAAGAUUAUUUAAGAACAGUUACAUUUCAAAUACGAAGCUUCUAGAUUGACUUUGAAAAAUUAAAGAGUAAAGCGAAUAACAUUAAUAUGAAUAUAUAAAUUAUAUCGAUUAUUUAUAUUAUAUAUUUUAUAAUACUUUUUGUGUACAUAAUAAUAUUUGUGUCUGUCAUCUGUAAGUACUCGCAUGUGUUUGUGUUCCAUGCUAUAUCUAAUCCUAAUAUAAUAAUAUAACUAAUAAUUCUAAUAUUUUGAAUGAUAUUUUAAUUGAUUCCUUUGGUUGCAUUUAUCUUUUCUUGUAAAGGUUUCUUUUUAGAUUUUUAAUUGAUAUUUGUGAAGAAUAAUUGUCAAAAAUAACACGUUUCAAUUUUACGUAAGAAAAAUAUGAAAGGUUUAUGUAGAUCUUUAAAAACCUCAUCAUACUGUCAUCAUUGAUAACAAAUUCUACCACUGCCGAGUUAAAACGUCUACCAUACAUAACUACGUUUUAAUUUUCCGAAAAUGUAUAAAAAUUUUUGUAGCUUUAAUAUAUAUUUAUGUUAUUGCUUAAUUCGAUUUUAUACGAUGUGUACUUCCUUUCGGUUUUCAACCGUACGUUUACUUGUAAAUUUUUUUAUAUUAAAAAAUCGUGAAUAUAUUGAAACCGCUGAGGAAUUGCGUAUCGAAAAAAUUUUUUGAAAAAGAGGAAGGAAUUACAUUUUCACACAUAAAUUUUGCGUUCGAAAGUGGACAUCUUUGAACACCUCGCGUCGUUAAGAAUAUGUGGUAUUACAUAUGUCUGACGAUUAGACCGAUGAUUAAUUCCGAAUUUAAUCGGAAGCGUCAAGUUGAACGUAUUGUGCCUGUGCUACAAAUAUUUGAAAUAAUAAAGAUACAACUCUCGCUA